AUCUUCUGAGGUUAAUAGAAUAGAAAAUAGUAUGGCCAGUGAGAAAAACAUUUAAAUGGUUUUAAAUCUAUGAGAUAUUUGAGGAUAGAAGCUAAAGAAAAAAUUAAAUAGUCAUCUUGCAACCGGAAAUAUCCGACUUUUUCGUGGCGGCCAUCUUGUUUUCAUGAGGAACAAAAAGUAAAUCGUACAGAGACUUGGACUGAGAUGUUAUUUUGUUAACGUCUUUGUUCUUGCCAACCACCACAGAGACAGUCCACACCUUUGGCCUGGCUUAGCUCUUGACUCCUAGACUAAGCCUUAGACCUUACCAUCAUUUGAAAAUUGUGGAGUCUUGAUCUUCUUUUCAUCUUUUGGUUGAUACAUUAUCACCACUGACUGAGUCCCAUAUUUGUGAUUUAAAUUUUAUAGUAAUCUGGGCCUUUAGUGGCGCUUUAUUGGUAAUAACUCUGCCAAGAUGUCUAUGGAACAGAAUGGCAAUCAGAACAUGGCUGCUUCCAUUUUCUGCAGAAACGGGUGUGGGUUUUAUGCAGCCCAGGCCUUUGAUGGUAUGUGCUCCAAGUGCUACAAAGAUUUGAAGCAGAUUCAGCAAAAUGAAUCCCCUGUCACUUCUGUACAGUCCCCUGCAGCUACACCAUCUGUGAGCAGAUCCUCUGUGCUGGGUGGAGGGGAUGGAAAUGAUGUGGAUGCUGUGGCUGCAGCACUAAGCAAAACUUCAUUAGGAGAAAUGAAUGUCAACACUUCCAGUAAUUCUAAUAGUGAUAAGUUAGCUGAGAAACUAGCUGAGAAACUUGGCGCUGCAGGGGGGUCAGAAAUAGAGACUGCCAGUCCAACAGUGGCCUCAGCUAAAGCCUCUUCAAGCGAAUCUAGGGACGAAGAGGCUGGAUCUGCUGAAGGUGAUAGUGCCAGUGAAGGAGACAAAGGGAAAAAGCCCAAGAGAAACAGGUGCAUGGAAUGUAGAAAAAAAGUUGGACUCACUGGUUUUGUCUGCCAUUGUGGAAAAUUGUUCUGCAGUUUACAUCGCUACUCUGAUACACAUGAUUGUACAUUUGAUUUUAAGGAGAAAGGACAGGAGGAGAUUCGAAAGAAUAACCCAGUCAUUAAGGGUGAGAAGAUACAAAAGAUAUGAAGUAGGUUGUCUCUUUCUUACCCCCCGUCCCCUUCCCUUUUUGUCAAAGCAGGGCAUUUCAUGCUGCCCCAUAGUGGACUUGUUGAAUCAGCCCUUGCCUAGGAAAUCAUCCUUCCGAGGAGUGAACUCAUUUUUUUUUUGUUCGGAUUGGAUGAUUAUAUGAUACUGUAUUAUAAUUAUAUAUAUACAUGGAAUCUUUUUUCCUUCGGAUUUUAAACUUGUGCGUUAAAAUUAUGUCGUAUGUGGUGAAUUGGGUAUAAACUAGUGAAAACCUCCUUUAUGUUAGUAUGCGUGUAUGUUCAUUAUUUGUACAGAUUUAUUUGAUGUGUAUGAUUAUAGUGUGCCCCUAGUAUUCAUUUGGUAAAUUAUUUUACAUCUAUCAUUUUAUUUAGUCAUUUUAAUUGUGGUCUUGCUACCAGCCUAAGACUAAUUCUUUUGAAACACAUAGUUUUGAAAUUUUCUUUUUUUUUUUCUCUGGGCUUUUUAUUGAAAAUGGUUUUUUUUUUUUUUUCCCUGCAAUUAAACAAAAUUAUUUGGCUUAGUUUUUUCCAUUUUUUGUGGUUAAGUGUACCGCAUGGUGGUGAAAUGUCAUAUAUUUGGAAUCUGUGAUAGUACUGAAAUGACUGCAGUUUGUGUGUGUGGUAUCUUUAAAUGGGCUGGCAGAUAGCUGUCCUAAGUGUGGUACAAAGAAGUGCAUAUUAUGGAUUUUAUUUCCAAAAAAAAAAGUUUGUGUGUGUGGGUUGAAGGUGCUGGUAAUUGAUUCUAGUGCAGAUGGUGCCAUUAAUAACUAGGUCAUGAUUCUGUGAUCACAUCUGCGGCACUGUGUGGUUCAAUAGCAUGAAGAUUGUGUCUGAGGGUGUUUGCUGUGCAGAUGUGGAAAACAAAGCAAAUAAUAAUAAAUGUAUGAAAUUAUUUAUGAUGUUAUGUUUUAAAUGAGAAUUGUAAAAUAAAAAAAAUUAAAUAAAAGGUAGUUAAGAUAAUUAACCCCCUUUUUAACCGUAUUCAAAUUGUAUAUUUUAUUCAUUGAUAAAACACUAAACUAUUCUUUCAUCAUUGUUUAGUCUCUCCAUGUUUUUUUUGUUUUUUUAAUGACUUUUUUGUUGUGUCUAUUAAUAAUAGUUGUAAUUUAGAGGUGUGGACUAAUUCAAGAACAUUCAUUUGUUUGGGAUUGCAUAUAUAUAUAUAUAUAUUACUUUAAUUUGUAAUCAGAUGACAGCCUUUGUUGGUUUUUCUCCCAGUAAGCCCAUGAUUCAAAACAUGUCACCGAAACAUCUUAAUAACUUUAUAGUAUUUCUUUCCUUCAACACAUUUCAAAUUCUUAGGUAAAGAGGAAUAGAUUUCUGCAACUUAUCAUUACAGAAAUUAUGAUCUUGACAAAGUAUGCUUCUGUCUUCAAAUGUACUUUAUAGGGAAACAACUUUUUUUUUUACUUUCCAAUAAAGAACAGUUAAUUGCAUUAUAAUGUGAGGAUAGUCCACAAAAUUGUGGAAGGAAAAAAAUGGUUACAAAAAGUUUUUCCAAGCAGCAGAAAGCUCAGUAAAUUUGAUGAAAGAGAAACAAGUUUGGCCAAAUAAAAUCUUGUGUUGAACACUAUUUUCAUAAUUUGAGAAAAGUUUACAUUUUAAAAAGUUAUUCCUCUCUUCAAUUUGCCAUCACUUUCAAGAAAGAGUUGUAACAAGUCAGUGAAGUUUUCAGAAAGUAAUUGACAUUAUGAUUAGUUACACCCAUGGGUUAUCUUCACAUCAAGAACAUGUUUGCACUUAAGCCAAGUUUCAGUAUUUCACGCACAUUAUAUCUGCUAUGAAUAAUAUUGUCAUGCUUUUUUUUUUUUUUUUUCUUCAAAUACAUGAGAUUACUUUUUGAAAAUAACAAAUUCAGGUUGGUUUCAAGAUUUGCUAUUUUUUUUACUAGGAUUUGAAAGAUUUUUUUAGUAUUUUAAUUUUAGAUUAUUUUUUUUUAAAUGCUUUUUGUAAAAGAAAGAAAAAAUAAUUUUUGUUUGGGUAGUUGCAUUACUAGAAGACAAGAAACCAGCAAAAAUCUAAUAUAAUCAACAACUGUUAGCUAGCUUCUUGUUUUAAAUUACAGUGUCUUGUAGCGUCUGUGACUACUACUUUUAUCUUAUUAAAUGGGUGAAUUUAGGGUUUGCUGUUUAGCAUGUGUUGGUCUUGUCUUUCAUGUCUUGGUCAAUGUGUCUGUCCUAUUUUAGUUUCUUUUUGCAUUUUUCAUGUUGAUAAUUAUUAUUACUAUUCUAUUAUGCUGAUGAUGUGAAAUUUAAAAAAAAUAAAUAUUCUGAUGCAAUUAAA